UAUUAAUAUUUUUUAGUUAUAAUUUUGCUUCAAAAAUGAAGUAAAAUACAUAUAUGUAUAUGUAUAUUGCAGUUAAUUUGUUAAAUUGCACACAUUUGUUUACACAAACAGUUCAAUUUUAUGUUAACAACGAUGUCAAUAAGCAACACCAGCAACAUAAACGAAAAAGAAAUCGACGAUGAGGAUAUGCUAUCACCGUCACCAACAAAAUUAUCCAAUAAUCAUGUUGUGCGAGUCAAUCAAGAUAUUAUAGAUGAUAACUUGCAGGAAUUGUUUGAUACUGUUUUAAAUCCGCAAGAUGCAAAACGCCCGUUGCAGUUGCCUUUUCGUAUGCGAAAGCUUCCAAAUUCCUUCUUUAACCCUCCGGCUCCAUCGCACUCACGAGCAAACAGUGCAGACUCUACAUUUGAUGGUGGCUCCCAGACAAACAUUAACAUCAAUAAAACUGCCCAGCCGCAGCCAGUUGAAGCAAUACAGCAGUCUGGUAUCUCUGCUCUCUCCGCUGCAAUCUCACAGAACCAGAAUCCUAUCCAGCCAUCACAGAGUCGCCUAGCCGUAUAUCACGCCCGCGCUCGAAGCAGUCCAGCAUCUUUGCAGCAGAACUACAAUGUUCGUUCCAGGAGCGAUGCCAAUGCAAAUGCAAACGCAAGUACCCAAGGUCCUGCCUACCCCGAUAACAACGUUGACUUUGGGAAUAGUGCCGCCAACAACAUUGAGCUGGAUGGAAAUGUAAUGACUGGAAUAGGAAUUGGGCAGGGUCAGGUUCAGGAAAUGCCAAUUUCCACACAAACUGUUCAUAAAAAGCAAAGAUCAUACGACGUGGUGAGCCCAAUACAACUGCAAAGCCAACUCGGUGCCCUGCCCCCAGGAUGGGAGCAGGCUAAAACCAACGAUGGUCAGAUUUAUUAUUUGAACCAUACUACGAAAACGACGCAGUGGGAAGAUCCCAGGAUUCAGUUGCGUCAGCAGCAACAUCGGGCAAUGGCAGAGCGAAUAAAACAAAAUGAUGUUUUACAAACUCCAAAACAAACUGCGACAACUAUUGGCCCACUGCCGGAUGGUUGGGAACAAGCAGUUACUGAGUCCGGAGAUAUUUAUUUUAUAAACCAUAUUGACCGAACGACUUCAUGGAACGAUCCUAGAAUGCAAUCUGGCCUUAGCGUUCUUGACUGCCCGGAUAAUUUAGUGUCAUCUCUACAGAUUGACGAUAACAUGUGCAGCAAUUUGUUUACUGAUGCACAGAUUACACCGUCUUCCAACAAACCAGACGAUUUGGAAUGGUAUAAAAUAAAUUAAUACAUAUAUUUAUAUACCAUUGUAUUAGA